AUGAAUAUAUAUCAAAAUUUAACUAUCUUUUUGUUAUUUUUAACACUUGUAAAAUCAAAUAAUAUUGUAAUUUUAUAUAAUAACCAAUAUGGUUCUGGAGUAAGAAGUGAUUCUACUGCACCAGUAACUGUUGUAACUAAUUGUGCAAAUGAUACCAAUGUCUCCUGUCUUAUGGCAAAUAUUGUAAAUGAAAAUGACUAUAUGGGAUUUAGAUAUGAUGGAAAUGGAUAUGACUCAGAGUCCUUAUAUUUCCUCGAGUUUGUUAUCAAUGUAAAUAAUUAUUCCAUCUCCAAUCCGCCUGUUGUCAAAGUCUUUGUCGAUACCGUACCAACACCGAAAGCCAUUUAUUUAAACUCCACUGUGUAUCUUUCCAAUCUAAACAUCUUUGGAAACUAUGUUCAAGGUAGAAUCAAACUAUCAGAGCUGAACGUCUCUCCGGAUAACGGUGCCAGUUUCAAUGGAGUUAAAUUUGGAUGCAAUCUUCGAGGUAGCACCUUUUUGUUGAGCAGUGUCCAGCUUGUUAGAGAUGCCACCGGUACCGAUCCACGUGGUUGGAUUCCACCAAAGAAAAAGAGUAACAAUGCAGGAAAGAUUGCAGCCGGUAUUUUAGUACCUCUCUUUGUUAUUGCUAUAUGUGUCAUUGCAUUUAUUAUUUAUAAGAAGAAUAAAGCAAAUAAAUAA